AUGAACGGCCACGCCUCUCCUCCUCUCGACCUCCUAGUCACCGGCGGCACCAGGCUGACUGCUGUAUCCAAGACCGUGAAGGCCGCGCUGGGAGCUGGCGCCCCGCCUGCACCCCAGGCCAGGAGCAUCGCUGGGGUGUGGGUGGAGGCCUCGGGCCAGGCCCAGGGUCUCUAUGCUGCCAUGAAGCAGGGUCUCCUGCCCUCUGGGCUUGGGCUGGCUCUGCUGGAGGCCCAGGCAGCCACAGGGGGCCUGGUGGACCCCACGCAGGGCCAGCUGCUCCCUGUGUCUGAGGCACUGCAGCAGGGCCUGGUGGGCCUGGAGCUCAAGGAGAAGCUGCUGGCUGCCGAGCGUGCGGCCACUGGGUACCCUGAUCCCUAUGGGGGCGAGAAGCUGUCCCUCUUUCAGGCCAUCGGGAAGGAGGUGGUAGACAGGGCGCUGGGGUGGAACUGGUUGGAGGCCCAGCUGGCCACUGGGGGCCUGGUGGACCCCAUCUGCGGGGUGCGUGUGGCCCCCGAGCUGGCCUGCCAGCAGGGCCUCCUGGACCAGGAGACAUGGCAUGGGCUGUUGGAACUGGGGCGUGGCUCAAGCGCCCCGGGCUUCCUGGACCCUAACACACUGGAGCAGCUGCCCUACCGGGAGUUGCUGGGCAGGUGUGUGCAGGCGCCCAGCACAGGGCUGGCCCUGCUGCCCCUCAGGAUCACGUUCCGUACCCUGGGUGGGGCUGUGAGCUUGGCCGAGCUGCUGGAGGUGGGGGUCUUGGACGAGGAGACGGCCCGAGGCCUGCAGGAGGGCCGGCUGGCAGUGCCAGAUGUAGGUGCACGCGCCGAGGUGCGGUGUUACCUGCAGGGCACCGGCAGUGUGGCUGGGGUCGUCCUGCUGCCCGCAGGGCACAAGAAGAACUUCUUCCAGGCCGCGGCCGAGCAUCUGCUUCCCACAGGUGCCAUGCUUCUGCUCCUGGAGGCUCAGGCUGCCACCUGCACACUGGUGGACCCAGCCACUGGCCGGCAGCUACUGGUGGAUGAGGCGGUUCGGGCAGGCCUGGUCGGCCCAGAACUCCACAGGCAGCUCCAGGUGGCAGAGCAGGCAGUGAUGGGCUACCACGACCCCUUCAGUGGCACCCGUGUUCCCCUCUUCCAGGCCAUGAAGAAGGAGUUGGUUGACCAGCCUCUGGCACUCAGGCUCCUGGACGCCCAGCUGGCCACAGGUGGGCUAGUGUGUCCUGCCCGCCGGCUCCGGCUGCCCAUGGAGGCUGCCCUGCGCCUCGGCUGCCUGGACGAAGAGACUCAGCAGCACCUCUCGAGGGCUGCCAGCUUCUUGGAUCCCAGCACGCACGAGAGCCUCAGCUACGGGCAGCUGCUGGCCCGCUGCGUCACCGACCUGGAGACGGGGCUGGCGUUCCUGCCCAUUUCAGUGGGGAGCCUUGGGGAGGAGCCCCGGGGGCUCCCGUUCAUUGAGCACAGCACCCGGCAGAUCUUGAGUGCUGCCACAGCCACUGUCUCUGCGGGCAGGUUCCAGGGCCAGCCCGUGUCGCUCUGGGAGCUGCUCUUCUCUGAGGUGGUCCCUGUGGAGCAGAGGGUGAUGCUGACCCAGCAGCACAUGGACGGGGCCCUCUCAGUGGAGGAGCUGGCGGCUGCGCUGAGGGCCACCCACGAGCAGGCUGCAGCCACUGCCAGAACCACGUUUGCUGGGCUCAGGGUCCCUGUGACUCCGGGAGAGCUGCUGAGAGCGGAGAUCAUCGGCCAGGAUGUUUAUGAACAGCUGGAACGUGGCCAGACCACGGCCCAGGACGUGGCCAGGCUGGACUCGGUGCAGAGGUACUUGCAAGGCACCGGCUGCAUCGCUGGCUUGCUGCUGCCUGGGUCCCAGGAGCCCCUCAGCAUCCACGAGGCUUACAGGAAGGGGCUGCUCAGGCCAGGCACGGCGCUCAUCCUCCUGGAGGCGCAGGCAGCCACUGGCUUCAUCCUCGAUCCCAAAGAGAACAGGAGAUACUCGGUGGAGGAGGCGCUGAGGGCUGGCGUGAUCGGGCCUGAGGUGUUUGCCAAGCUGCUGUCAGCCGAGCGCGCGGUCACCGGCUACACCGACCCCUACACCGGGCAGCAGAUCUCCCUUUUCCAGGCCAUGAAGAAGGACCUCAUCGUGCGCGAGCACGGCAUCCGCCUGCUGGAGGCCCAGAUCGCCACGGGCGGCAUCAUCGACCCCGUGCACAGCCACCGCGUGCCCGUGGAUGUGGCCUACCAGCGCGGCUACUUUGACGAGGCGCUGAACCUGAUCCUGGCUGAUCCCAGCGACGACACCAAGGGCUUCUUCGACCCCAACACGCAUGAGAACCUCACGUACAUGCAGCUGCUGGAGCGCUGUGUGCGCGACCCCGACACGGGGCUCUAUCUGCUGCCACUUACAAGCGCGCGGACCCUGCUGGCAGAUGAGGCCACCCGGCAGGCCUUCCAGAGCCUGCUGCUGUCGGUGCGUCAUGGGCGGUUCCGGGGACAGAGGGUGUCCGCGUGGGAGUUGGUCAACUCAGAGUAUGUCACUGAGGCACGCCGGCGGUGGCUGCUGCAGAGCUUCCGGCGGCACCAGGUGUCCCUGGAGGAGGUCUCGAAGCUGCUGGAGAGGGAGGUUGAGAGCCGGGCAGACAUCACCCUCCCCAUGCUGUGGGGCCGGGUGACCGCCUGCCAGCUCCGAGAGGCUGGCGUUGUUGACCAGGAGGUCCUGGGCUGCGUGCUGGCAGGAACGCUGAGUGCCGAGGCCCUGCUCUGCACAGACAGCGUCCGCAGGUUCCUGUGCGGCUCAGGCGCCGUGGGUGGCGUGCUCCUGCAGCCUUCCACCCGGCGGCUCAGCCUCUACCAGGCCAUGAAACACAAGUUGCUGGGGCCGGGAGUGGCCCUGGCCCUGCUGGAGGCCCAGGCAGCCACGGGGGCCAUGACCGACCCCCACAGUCUGGAGACCAUUUCCUUGGAUGAGGCUGUGUGCCAGGGGCUUGUGGGGCCAGAGCUCUACAGCAGGCUGACCUGGGCUGAGUGUGCUGUCAAGGGCUUCCCAGACCCCUUCUCUGGAAAGCUACUGUCCCUGUUCCACGCCAUGAAGAAGGGCCUUGUCCCUGUGGAACAGGCUGUCCGCCUCCUGGAGGCCCAGGUGGCCACAGGCGGGGUCAUUGACCCCACCAGCCAUCACCACCUCCCCAUACUCGUGGCCUUGCAGUGUGGCUAUAUCGACCAGGAGAUGGUGUUGGCCUUGUCUGACUCCAAGACAUUCCCCACGCCUGAUGGCCAGGGACACACCAGCUAUGCCCAGCUUCUGGAGCAGUGUGUAAGGGACGAGGCCUCUGGCCUUCACUUCUUGCCCCUGCCGGAAAGUGCCCCUGUCGUCCCCACAGAUGAGCAGGUGCGGGAGACCCUGAAGGCCACGCAGGGGGCUGAGGAUGGCACUUCUCUCUGGGAGCUGCUGGAGUCCUGCCACUUCACUGAGGAGCAGCGGAGGGGCUUCCUGGAGGACUUCAGGGAGGGGAGGACCACGACACAGCAGCUGCAGGCGGCCGUGCAGAGGCAGGUGCAGGAGGCAGAGCUCGUGGCGAGGGCCUGUGUCACGCUGCCUGGCCCCCGCGGUGGGGUGCCUGCCGUCUGGCUGCUGGACGCUGGAGUCAUCACCCGGGAGACCCUGGAGGCGCUGGCACGGGGCAUGCAAUCGCCUGCUGAGGUCGCCGAGCAGCCGACGGUGCGGGCUUGCCUGUGGGGCACGGGCUGUGUGGCUGGGGUACUGCUGCAGCCCUCAGGGGCCAAGGUGAGCAUCGCCCAGGCCGUGAGAGAUGGCCUCCUGCCCGCUGGCCUAGGGCAGAGACUACUGGAGGCCCAGGUGGCGUCCGGCUCUCUUGUGGAUCCUUUGACCAACCAGAGACUGUCGGUGGAGGAGGCAGUCAAGACUGGCCUGGUGGCUGGGACACUGAGUGAGCAGCUCCAGCUGGUUGAAAAGGCAGUGGCUGGGUACACAGACCCCUGCUCUGGAGGCUCCCUCUCACUGUGGCAGGCAGUGGAAAAGGGGCUUGUGCCUUGGAGCGAGGGCCUCCCACUCCUCCAGGCGCAGCUGGCCACAGGGGGUGCGGUGGACCCCGUCCACGGGGUGCACCUGCCCCAGGCGGCAGCCUGUAGGCUCGGCCUCCUGGAUGAGCAGACAAGCAAGAUGCUGACCUCAACGGAAGAGGAUAGCAAGUUCUUCUUCGACCCUGGCACACGGGACAGGGUGACCUACGGACAGCUCAAGGAGCGCUGUGUCCUGGAUGGUGACACUGGCUUGUGGCUGCUGCCACUCCCCCAGGACAUGGUGCUAGAGGUGGAUGACCACACAGCAGUGGCCCUGAGGGCCAUGAAGGUGCCAGUUGGGGCAGGGAGGUUCAGAGGGCUCAGCAUCUCACUCUGGGACCUGCUGCAUUCAGAGUAUGUAGGGCUCCACAAGCGGCGGGAGCUGGCAGCACUCUGCCAGUCUGGGAGGGCCACAGCCCUGCGGCAGGUGGUGACUGCGGUCACCACCCUGGUUGAGGCUUCAGAAAGGCAGCCCUCACAGGCUACCUUCAGGGGACUCCGGAAGCAGCUGUCAGCCAACGACCUGUUCAGGUCCCAGCUGAUCGACAAGAAGACGCUGGAUGAGCUGAGUCAAGGGAAGAAGACCGUGCAGGAGGUGGCGGAGAUGGACCACGUGCGGCGGUACUUGGAAGGGGGCAGCUUCAUUGCUGGGGUCCUCAUCCAGGACACCAAGGAGAAGAUGAGCAUCUCAGAAGCUCUGAGAAGAAACGUCCUGCGGCCGGGCACGGCCCUGGUGCUGCUGGAGGCACAGGCGGCCACUGGCUUCCUCAUUGACCCUGUGGAGAACCGGAAGCUGACUGUGCAGGAGGCGUUCGCGGCAGGGAUGUUUGGCAGGGAAACCUACCAGAAGCUGCUGUCGGCUGAGCGUGCGGUCACCGGCUACACCGACCCAUAUACCGGGGAACAGAUCUCCCUCUUCCAGGCCAUGAAGAAGGACCUCAUCGUGCGCGAGCACGGCAUCCGCCUGCUGGAGGCCCAGAUCGCCACGGGUGGCAUCAUCGACCCCGUGCACAGCCACCGCGUGCCCGUGGACGUGGCCUACCAGCGCGGCUACUUCGACGAGGAGAUGAACCGCGUGCUGGAGGACCCCAGCGACGACACCAAGGGCUUCUUCGACCCCAACACGCAUGAGAACCUUACAUACAUGCAGCUAUUGGAGCGCUGCGUGGAGGACCCCGAGACAGGGCUCUACAUGCUGCAAGUCGUAAAGAAAGGAGAAACCUAUGUGUACAUCGAUGAAGCCACAAGGCAAGCCCUGCAGUCAAAAACUACCGAAAUGCACGUGGGCAUGUUUGCCCAGCAGGUGGUCUCCUUCUGGGACCUGCUGUCCUCGCCGUACUUCACAGAGGAAAGGAAGAAAGAGCUUGUCCAGGGGUACAAAGCCAGGAAUGUCAGCUUAGAGCAGCUGCUGAGGGUCAUCACCACAAUGGUCGAAGAAACAGAACAGCAAAACAAGGGUAUCAGGCUGGCAGCCAUUGGAGGAGAGGUGACAGCUGCAGAGCUAUUCAACUCAGGAAUCAUUGAUAAGAAGACACUGGACGAGCUACACGAGGGAGCAGGGGGACAGGACCUCUGCUGCCUGCCGCACGUAAAGGUCUACUUGGAAGGCAGUGGCUGCAUCGCAGGGCUGACCACACCCUCCACCCGUGAGGUGCUGAGUUUCUACGAGGCCAGCAAGAAAGGGCUCAUCCCCAUGGGAUUUGCAGCCCAGCUGCUGGAGGCUCAGGCGGCCACAGGGUUCCUGCUGGACCCCCACAGCCACCAGAGGCUCUCCGUGGAUGAGGCUGUGGCUGCCGGCCUGGUGGGUGAGGAACUGCAGGAGAGACUCCUAAAUGCUGAGAAGGCCGCCAGGGGAUACACAGACCCGGGCACAGGACACACCAUGUCCUUGUUCCAGGCAAUGCAGAGGAAGCUGGUGAAAAGGGAGUUGGCACUCAGACUGCUUGAGGUGCAGGUGGCCACAGGGGGUAUCGUGGACCCAAAGCACCACCACCGGCUUCCACUAGAUACUGCCUACAGACGUGGCUGUCUGGACCAGGACACGUACCCACUGGUGGCAGAGCAGAAGUGCAUGAAUAAACGGUUUGUGGAUCCCAACACUCAGGAGAAGGUGACUUACCAGGAACUGCAGGAGAGGAGUCACCGAGAUGAGAAGACGGGCUGGGCUCUGUUCCCAGUGCUCGAGGAUGAACUGGAAUCACAGUUCAUCGAUGAGGCCACCAGACGAGCGUUUGAGGCUGAGCGGGUGGAUGUCAGAGUUGGGCGGUUUAAAGGCCAGAGGCCGACAGUCUGGGAAUUGCUGAACUCUGAAUAUGUGACACAGGACAAAAAACUAGAGUUGGUACGAAAAUACAAGAGGGACACAGCGCAUGCAUUAGAAAAGGUGGUAAAAGUGAUCUUUGAGAUAAUCAGUGAGAAGGAAAAAAACAAUAAGCAGCUAUGGUUCAGAGGAAUGAGAAAACAGAUCACAGCCUCUGAGCUGCUGACUUCAUCCAUAAUCACAAAGGAGACACUGCAGGCCCUGGAGUCUGGGCAAGCCUCUACCCUGCAGGAGGUGACGGAGAUGGACUCGGUGAAGCGCUACCUGGAGGGCACCAGCUGCAUCGCGGGCGUGCUGGUCCCCGCCAAGGACGAGCCCGGGCGCCAGGAGAAGAUGAGCAUCUACCAGGCCAUGUGGAAGGGCGUCCUGCGGCCGGGCACGGCCCUGGUGCUGCUGGAGGCGCAGGCGGCCACGGGCUUCGUCAUCGACCCGGUGCGCAACCAGAAGCUGUCCGUGGAGGAGGCGGUGGCCGCGGGCGUGGUGGGCGGCGAGCUCCAGGAGAAGCUGCUGUCGGCCGAGCGUGCGGUCACCGGCUACACCGACCCCUACACCGGGCAGCAGAUCUCCCUCUUCCAGGCCAUGAAGAAGGACCUCAUCGUGCGCGAGCACGGCAUCCGCCUGCUGGAGGCCCAGAUCGCCACGGGCGGCGUCAUCGACCCCGUGCACAGCCACCGCGUGCCCGUGGACGUGGCCUACCAGCGCGGCUACUUCGACGAGGAGAUGAACCGCGUGCUGGAGGACCCCAGCGACGACACCAAGGGCUUCUUCGACCCCAACACGCACGAGAACCUCACGUACGUGCAGCUGCUGCGGCGCUGCGUGCGCGACCCCGACACGGGGCUCUACAUGCUGCAGCUGGCCGGCCGGGGCUCCGCCCUCCACCAGCUGGGCGAGGAGCUGCGCGCCGCCCUGCGCGACACCCGCGUGACGCUGGGCGCGGGCCUCCCGCGGGGCCAGCGCGUCUCCGUGUGGGAGCUCCUCUUCUACCGGGAGGUGUCCGAGAGUCAGCGGCAGGACCUGCUGCGCCGGUACCGGGAGGGCUCGCUGACCGCGCAGGAGGUGGGCGCUGCCCUCGUCUCGCUGCUGGCCGAGGCCGAGGCCGAGGCCGAGGCCGAGGCUGAGGCUGGGGUGGCGCGCCCCGGCGCCCCGGACCCUCGGGGGGCGCUGCGUGCCGCCACCAUGGAGGUCCGGGUGGGCCGCCUGCGGGGGCCCGCGGUGCCCGUGUGGGACGUGCUGGCCUCCGGCUACCUGAGCGCCGCCACGCGGGAGCAGCUGCUGGCCCAGUUCGGGUCGGGGACGCUGGGCUUGCCCGCGCUGACCCGCAGGCUGACCACCAUCAUCGAGGAGGCUGAGGCGGCCCCCUCCCAAGGGGGCGCAGCCUCCGGGCAGCGGGAGCCCGGGCCCCAGGGGCCGGGCGAGGGGGCCGACGCGGGACCCUCCUCCGGCCAGGACGCCGACGCCGCGGAUGCCGCCAGGGCCCUGCAGGAGCAGGCCCUGCGCGCCGCCACCAUGGAGGUGCGCGUCGGGCGGUUCCAGGGCCGGCGCGUCUCCGUGUGGGAGGUCCUCUUCUCCUCCUACCUGAGCCAGGCCCGCCGGGACGAGCUGCUGGCCCAGCACGCGGCCGGCGCCCUGGCCCUGCCCGCCCUGGUCGCCGUCCUCACCCAGCUCAUCGAGGAGACGGAGGAGCGGCUGAGCAAGGUGUCCUUCCGGGGCCUGAGGCGCCAGGUGUCGGCCUCCGAGCUGCACACGUCCGGGAUCCUGGGCCCCGAGACCCUGCGGGACCUGGCCCAGGGCACCAAGACCCUGCAGGAGGUGACGGAGAUGGACUCGGUGAAGCGCUACCUGGAGGGCACCAGCUGCAUCGCGGGCGUGCUGGUCCCCGCCAAGGACGAGCCCGGGCGCCAGGAGAAGAUGAGCAUCUACCAGGCCAUGUGGAAGGGCGUCCUGCGGCCGGGCACGGCCCUGGUGCUGCUGGAGGCGCAGGCGGCCACGGGCUUCGUCAUCGACCCGGUGCGCAACCAGAAGCUGUCCGUGGAGGAGGCGGUGGCCGCGGGCGUGGUGGGCGGCGAGCUCCAGGAGAAGCUGCUGUCGGCCGAGCGUGCGGUCACCGGCUACACCGACCCCUACACCGGGCAGCAGAUCUCCCUCUUCCAGGCCAUGAAGAAGGACCUCAUCGUGCGCGAGCACGGCAUCCGCCUGCUGGAGGCCCAGAUCGCCACGGGCGGCGUCAUCGACCCCGUGCACAGCCACCGCGUGCCCGUGGACGUGGCCUACCAGCGCGGCUACUUCGACGAGGAGAUGAACCGCGUGCUGGAGGACCCCAGCGACGACACCAAGGGCUUCUUCGACCCCAACACGCACGAGAACCUCACGUACGUGCAGCUGCUGCGGCGCUGCGUGCGCGACCCCGACACGGGGCUCUACAUGCUGCAGCUGGCCGGCCGGGGCUCCGCCCUCCACCAGCUGGGCGAGGAGCUGCGCGCCGCCCUGCGCGACACCCGCGUGACGCUGGGCGCGGGCCUCCCGCGGGGCCAGCGCGUCUCCGUGUGGGAGCUCCUCUUCUACCGGGAGGUGUCCGAGAGUCAGCGGCAGGACCUGCUGCGCCGGUACCGGGAGGGCUCGCUGACCGCGCAGGAGGUGGGCGCUGCCCUCGUCUCGCUGCUGGCCGAGGCCGAGGCCGAGGCCGAGGCCGAGGCUGAGGCUGGGGUGGCGCGCCCCGGCGCCCCGGACCCUCGGGGGGCGCUGCGUGCCGCCACCAUGGAGGUCCGGGUGGGCCGCCUGCGGGGGCCCGCGGUGCCCGUGUGGGACGUGCUGGCCUCCGGCUACCUGAGCGCCGCCACGCGGGAGCAGCUGCUGGCCCAGUUCGGGUCGGGGACGCUGGGCUUGCCCGCGCUGACCCGCAGGCUGACCACCAUCAUCGAGGAGGCUGAGGCGGCCCCCUCCCAAGGGGGCGCAGCCUCCGGGCAGCGGGAGCCCGGGCCCCAGGGGCCGGGCGAGGGGGCCGACGCGGGACCCUCCUCCGGCCAGGACGCCGACGCCGCGGAUGCCGCCAGGGCCCUGCAGGAGCAGGCCCUGCGCGCCGCCACCAUGGAGGUGCGCGUCGGGCGGUUCCAGGGCCGGCGCGUCUCCGUGUGGGAGGUCCUCUUCUCCUCCUACCUGAGCCAGGCCCGCCGGGACGAGCUGCUGGCCCAGCACGCGGCCGGCGCCCUGGCCCUGCCCGCCCUGGUCGCCGUCCUCACCCAGCUCAUCGAGGAGACGGAGGAGCGGCUGAGCAAGGUGUCCUUCCGGGGCCUGAGGCGCCAGGUGUCGGCCUCCGAGCUGCACACGUCCGGGAUCCUGGGCCCCGAGACCCUGCGGGACCUGGCCCAGGGCACCAAGACCCUGCAGGAGGUGACGGAGAUGGACUCGGUGAAGCGCUACCUGGAGGGCACCAGCUGCAUCGCGGGCGUGCUGGUCCCCGCCAAGGACGAGCCCGGGCGCCAGGAGAAGAUGAGCAUCUACCAGGCCAUGUGGAAGGGCGUCCUGCGGCCGGGCACGGCCCUGGUGCUGCUGGAGGCGCAGGCGGCCACGGGCUUCGUCAUCGACCCGGUGCGCAACCAGAAGCUGUCCGUGGAGGAGGCGGUGGCCGCGGGCGUGGUGGGCGGCGAGCUCCAGGAGAAGCUGCUGUCGGCCGAGCGUGCGGUCACCGGCUACACCGACCCCUACACCGGGCAGCAGAUCUCCCUCUUCCAGGCCAUGAAGAAGGACCUCAUCGUGCGCGAGCACGGCAUCCGCCUGCUGGAGGCCCAGAUCGCCACGGGCGGCGUCAUCGACCCCGUGCACAGCCACCGCGUGCCCGUGGACGUGGCCUACCAGCGCGGCUACUUCGACGAGGAGAUGAACCGCGUGCUGGAGGACCCCAGCGACGACACCAAGGGCUUCUUCGACCCCAACACGCACGAGAACCUCACGUACGUGCAGCUGCUGCGGCGCUGCGUGCGCGACCCCGACACGGGGCUCUACAUGCUGCAGCUGGCCGGCCGGGGCUCCGCCCUCCACCAGCUGGGCGAGGAGCUGCGCGCCGCCCUGCGCGACACCCGCGUGACGCUGGGCGCGGGCCUCCCGCGGGGCCAGCGCGUCUCCGUGUGGGAGCUCCUCUUCUACCGGGAGGUGUCCGAGAGUCAGCGGCAGGACCUGCUGCGCCGGUACCGGGAGGGCUCGCUGACCGCGCAGGAGGUGGGCGCUGCCCUCGUCUCGCUGCUGGCCGAGGCCGAGGCCGAGGCCGAGGCCGAGGCUGAGGCUGGGGUGGCGCGCCCCGGCGCCCCGGACCCUCGGGGGGCGCUGCGUGCCGCCACCAUGGAGGUCCGGGUGGGCCGCCUGCGGGGGCCCGCGGUGCCCGUGUGGGACGUGCUGGCCUCCGGCUACCUGAGCGCCGCCACGCGGGAGCAGCUGCUGGCCCAGUUCGGGUCGGGGACGCUGGGCUUGCCCGCGCUGACCCGCAGGCUGACCACCAUCAUCGAGGAGGCUGAGGCGGCCCCCUCCCAAGGGGGCGCAGCCUCCGGGCAGCGGGAGCCCGGGCCCCAGGGGCCGGGCGAGGGGGCCGACGCGGGACCCUCCUCCGGCCAGGACGCCGACGCCGCGGAUGCCGCCAGGGCCCUGCAGGAGCAGGCCCUGCGCGCCGCCACCAUGGAGGUGCGCGUCGGGCGGUUCCAGGGCCGGCGCGUCUCCGUGUGGGAGGUCCUCUUCUCCUCCUACCUGAGCCAGGCCCGCCGGGACGAGCUGCUGGCCCAGCACGCGGCCGGCGCCCUGGCCCUGCCCGCCCUGGUCGCCGUCCUCACCCAGCUCAUCGAGGAGACGGAGGAGCGGCUGAGCAAGGUGUCCUUCCGGGGCCUGAGGCGCCAGGUGUCGGCCUCCGAGCUGCACACGUCCGGGAUCCUGGGCCCCGAGACCCUGCGGGACCUGGCCCAGGGCACCAAGACCCUGCAGGAGGUGACGGAGAUGGACUCGGUGAAGCGCUACCUGGAGGGCACCAGCUGCAUCGCGGGCGUGCUGGUCCCCGCCAAGGACGAGCCCGGGCGCCAGGAGAAGAUGAGCAUCUACCAGGCCAUGUGGAAGGGCGUCCUGCGGCCGGGCACGGCCCUGGUGCUGCUGGAGGCGCAGGCGGCCACGGGCUUCGUCAUCGACCCGGUGCGCAACCAGAAGCUGUCCGUGGAGGAGGCGGUGGCCGCGGGCGUGGUGGGCGGCGAGCUCCAGGAGAAGCUGCUGUCGGCCGAGCGUGCGGUCACCGGCUACACCGACCCCUACACCGGGCAGCAGAUCUCCCUCUUCCAGGCCAUGAAGAAGGACCUCAUCGUGCGCGAGCACGGCAUCCGCCUGCUGGAGGCCCAGAUCGCCACGGGCGGCGUCAUCGACCCCGUGCACAGCCACCGCGUGCCCGUGGACGUGGCCUACCAGCGCGGCUACUUCGACGAGGAGAUGAACCGCGUGCUGGAGGACCCCAGCGACGACACCAAGGGCUUCUUCGACCCCAACACGCACGAGAACCUCACGUACGUGCAGCUGCUGCGGCGCUGCGUGCGCGACCCCGACACGGGGCUCUACAUGCUGCAGCUGGCCGGCCGGGGCUCCGCCCUCCACCAGCUGGGCGAGGAGCUGCGCGCCGCCCUGCGCGACACCCGCGUGACGCUGGGCGCGGGCCUCCCGCGGGGCCAGCGCGUCUCCGUGUGGGAGCUCCUCUUCUACCGGGAGGUGUCCGAGAGUCAGCGGCAGGACCUGCUGCGCCGGUACCGGGAGGGCUCGCUGACCGCGCAGGAGGUGGGCGCUGCCCUCGUCUCGCUGCUGGCCGAGGCCGAGGCCGAGGCCGAGGCCGAGGCUGAGGCUGGGGUGGCGCGCCCCGGCGCCCCGGACCCUCGGGGGGCGCUGCGUGCCGCCACCAUGGAGGUCCGGGUGGGCCGCCUGCGGGGGCCCGCGGUGCCCGUGUGGGACGUGCUGGCCUCCGGCUACCUGAGCGCCGCCACGCGGGAGCAGCUGCUGGCCCAGUUCGGGUCGGGGACGCUGGGCUUGCCCGCGCUGACCCGCAGGCUGACCACCAUCAUCGAGGAGGCUGAGGCGGCCCCCUCCCAAGGGGGCGCAGCCUCCGGGCCGAGGCCGAGGCUGAGGCUGGGGUGGCGCGCCCCGCGGGAGCCCGGGCCCCAGGGGCCGGGCGAGGGGGCUGACGCGGGACCCUCCUCCGGCCAGGACGCCGACGCCGCGGAUGCCGCCAGGGCCCUGCAGGAGCAGGCCCUGCGCGCCGCCACCAUGGAGGUGCGCGUCGGGCGGUUCCAGGGCCGGCGCGUCUCCGUGUGGGAGGUCCUCUUCUCCUCCUACCUGAGCCAGGCCCGCCGGGACGAGCUGCUGGCCCAGCACGCGGCCGGCGCCCUGGCCCUGCCCGCCCUGGUCGCCGUCCUCACCCAGCUCAUCGAGGAGACGGAGGAGCGGCUGAGCAAGGUGUCCUUCCGGGGCCUGAGGCGCCAGGUGUCGGCCUCCGAGCUGCACACGUCCGGGAUCCUGGGCCCCGAGACCCUGCGGGACCUGGCCCAGGGCACCAAGACCCUGCAGGAGGUGACGGAGAUGGACUCGGUGAAGCGCUACCUGGAGGGCACCAGCUGCAUCGCGGGCGUGCUGGUCCCCGCCAAGGACGAGCCCGGGCGCCAGGAGAAGAUGAGCAUCUACCAGGCCAUGUGGAAGGGCGUCCUGCGGCCGGGCACGGCCCUGGUGCUGCUGGAGGCGCAGGCGGCCACGGGCUUCGUCAUCGACCCGGUGCGCAACCAGAAGCUGUCCGUGGAGGAGGCGGUGGCCGCGGGCGUGGUGGGCGGCGAGCUCCAGGAGAAGCUGCUGUCGGCCGAGCGUGCGGUCACCGGCUACACCGACCCCUACACCGGGCAGCAGAUCUCCCUCUUCCAGGCCAUGAAGAAGGACCUCAUCGUGCGCGAGCACGGCAUCCGCCUGCUGGAGGCCCAGAUCGCCACGGGCGGCGUCAUCGACCCCGUGCACAGCCACCGCGUGCCCGUGGACGUGGCCUACCAGCGCGGCUACUUCGACGAGGAGAUGAACCGCGUGCUGGAGGACCCCAGCGACGACACCAAGGGCUUCUUCGACCCCAACACGCACGAGAACCUCACGUACGUGCAGCUGCUGCGGCGCUGCGUGCGCGACCCCGACACGGGGCUCUACAUGCUGCAGCUGGCCGGCCGGGGCUCCGCCCUCCACCAGCUGGGCGAGGAGCUGCGCGCCGCCCUGCGCGACACCCGCGUGACGCUGGGCGCGGGCCUCCCGCGGGGCCAGCGCGUCUCCGUGUGGGAGCUCCUCUUCUACCGGGAGGUGUCCGAGAGUCAGCGGCAGGACCUGCUGCGCCGGUACCGGGAGGGCUCGCUGACCGCGCAGGAGGUGGGCGCUGCCCUCGUCUCGCUGCUGGCCGAGGCCGAGGCCGAGGCCGAGGCCGAGGCUGAGGCUGGGGUGGCGCGCCCCGGCGCCCCGGACCCUCGGGGGGCGCUGCGUGCCGCCACCAUGGAGGUCCGGGUGGGCCGCCUGCGGGGGCCCGCGGUGCCCGUGUGGGACGUGCUGGCCUCCGGCUACCUGAGCGCCGCCACGCGGGAGCAGCUGCUGGCCCAGUUCGGGUCGGGGACGCUGGGCUUGCCCGCGCUGACCCGCAGGCUGACCACCAUCAUCGAGGAGGCUGAGGCGGCCCCCUCCCAAGGGGGCGCAGCCUCCGGGCAGCGGGAGCCCGGGCCCCAGGGGCCGGGCGAGGGGGCCGACGCGGGACCCUCCUCCGGCCAGGACGCCGACGCCGCGGAUGCCGCCAGGGCCCUGCAGGAGCAGGCCCUGCGCGCCGCCACCAUGGAGGUGCGCGUCGGGCGGUUCCAGGGCCGGCGCGUCUCCGUGUGGGAGGUCCUCUUCUCCUCCUACCUGAGCCAGGCCCGCCGGGACGAGCUGCUGGCCCAGCACGCGGCCGGCGCCCUGGCCCUGCCCGCCCUGGUCGCCGUCCUCACCCAGCUCAUCGAGGAGACGGAGGAGCGGCUGAGCAAGGUGUCCUUCCGGGGCCUGAGGCGCCAGGUGUCGGCCUCCGAGCUGCACACGUCCGGGAUCCUGGGCCCCGAGACCCUGCGGGACCUGGCCCAGGGCACCAAGACCCUGCAGGAGGUGACGGAGAUGGACUCGGUGAAGCGCUACCUGGAGGGCACCAGCUGCAUCGCGGGCGUGCUGGUCCCCGCCAAGGACGAGCCCGGGCGCCAGGAGAAGAUGAGCAUCUACCAGGCCAUGUGGAAGGGCGUCCUGCGGCCGGGCACGGCCCUGGUGCUGCUGGAGGCGCAGGCGGCCACGGGCUUCGUCAUCGACCCGGUGCGCAACCAGAAGCUGUCCGUGGAGGAGGCGGUGGCCGCGGGCGUGGUGGGCGGCGAGCUCCAGGAGAAGCUGCUGUCGGCCGAGCGUGCGGUCACCGGCUACACCGACCCCUACACCGGGCAGCAGAUCUCCCUCUUCCAGGCCAUGAAGAAGGACCUCAUCGUGCGCGAGCACGGCAUCCGCCUGCUGGAGGCCCAGAUCGCCACGGGCGGCGUCAUCGACCCCGUGCACAGCCACCGCGUGCCCGUGGACGUGGCCUACCAGCGCGGCUACUUCGACGAGGAGAUGAACCGCGUGCUGGAGGACCUCAGCGACGACACCAAGGGCUUCUUCGACCCCAACACGCACGAGAACCUCACGUACGUGCAGCUGCUCCAGAGGGCUACUCCUGACCCUGAAUCGGGGCUGUUAUUUCUUUCUCUCACUGGAAAAUGA